AUGCUGCGUCUUCGCUGUCUGAACCUUCUUCUGGCAUGCAUAACCUGCCUGUCUCUCUGUGUUGAUACCGCCCGUCCUCCUCUUGUCCAAACAAAAAAUGUUGAUCCUGUAGGUCCAACAGGAACUCUCGACCCUCUGCGUCGCCUGCAAGAUUCAGUCGGAACUGCUACUCAAGUUUGGGCUAAUGGACCGAUGGAAGAACACCGCACCAUCGCGGCAUCUCGAACAGGCCCCAUGUCCGCAGUUUAUCGCGCAGCGUUGGCUUCCAAUGCAUCUCAAGAAUGCAAUCCCUUCUCCGGUCAUCAGUGCGAAGUCGCGAUCAAUGGAUUCGGGACUGUAGGUGAAGUGCAGUACACUUUCAACAACUCCAGAGAGAAUCUACAAGGAAACAGCACGCAAGUCAUGGUCGCUUGCCGAUGUAUAGGACAAGGGAAAAAUUCUGCGGAGUGUGGGGUGGCACUGCUUGUGCGACCGAUCACAUUGACUAGAGUGGGCGCUGACGGCGAACGGGAAGAAACUGGGAGACAUGUAUGUAUCUAUGAGGCUGUGGGAGAGAAGUUUUCGGAUUGCCACUCCGAGCUUGUUCGACUUUCGACACGACCAGCAGGGACAAAACCAGAAUAUUGGCGACACCCCUUGAAUUUCACGUACGAAGUUCCUGAUCCAAUUUCUGGAGACUACUGGCGUGCAGACGGACAACGCGGAUGGACGCAUGAUUGUGAGGAAGCCGAGUUUGAUGCGUUGCCUGAAUACAAUAUAUCAAACCUUCGUCGGGAGGAUCUUCGGUUCAACAAUCACACGACACCUGCGGGGAAGGGAGGUUACUGCAGACCGCCGGAGGGUGUGCAGUAUUACCGUGAUGUGGCAGAAGGGAGUGAUGAUGAAUGCGCGGAAUUGUAUGAUUUUGCGGCGCCCUCUUCCGCACAUAUCGCAACGCAACAAGAUGAAAUAGCCGUUGGCCAGGAUCCCCAUACCUAUAUAUCGGAAAAAACACCCCUCACUUCAUACACGGAGCUUGCACUCUCGGUUAGCGCGGCUUGUCUGGGCGUCUUGUUCGCAUGGUCAAUGUAUAGAAAGAUCAUGAAGAAGAAGAAUGCUGAGCAGCCGGUCAAAUAUUUCUUAGUGGGUUUGUUGAAGCAAGUUAUGUCGUAUGCACUUGAGGCGUUACCCUUGCAUAUCGCAUUAGCUCAUGAGGUGGGAUGUCGUCACUGGUGGUCCCAGUUUGCCUUUAUGGAUGCUACUAUCACGCUUGCACACGGAUUUACCGGAGCGCAGGGCUCGGCACGAGACAGCAUGCUGGUGAUAACUGCUGUGAUGGGUGAGGUGGAAUAUCUGUACACCAACGAGUCACUUUUGGCACUAAUCACAGCGCUCUUUGACCUCAUAGCAAUUGCCAUAUUUAUUCUGACGGUUGUGAGAAAGACGAAGCAUCUGCUUGAAGAGAAGAGAGCGAGGGAACAGAUUGCCAGCUAUGAGGCUGGGCUCUUGCGAAUACCCGAAGGUCUGUCAAACACUUUGCGACGUCUGCAAAGGCGAAAGGGUAUCCGCAAGUCGCGACACCAUAUUGAACGUUCAAAACAGUGGAGAAGCACAUAUUCAUCACAAUCUGUCACCAGUGACACUGAGAGAGGAGACCUUGCAGCAGAAGCGAGUACUUCGCAAAGCAGCAUGUCAAGUCUAGGCGGCGCUGCAUCGCAUAGUCAACUGCCACUCUUUCAUGGAAUGGAAGAAUAUGACGCGGACAGAGAUGCAGCGAUGGGUAACAUGGACGUGCGGGACAGCAGAAACACAAGGAAUACGUCCGCAGAUGGGACAGCGAACACGAAAGGGUAG